AUGGAGACCACCCAAAUGUCAAGUGGGACCCCUGCGCCAUAUGGUCGCGCAUGUAUGAACUGUUCCCGUGCCAAGUGUAGAUGUGUUCUGUCUGUAACUGGGGCUGGUUGCGAGAGAUGCCAACGGCUGAGCAAGGAAUGCCGGGCUGCGCCCACAGUUCGCAAGCGCAGUAAACGGCCGUCAGGCCGUAGUACCAAUCAUCGCGAGGCGAAACUCGAUUGGGUAAUGUCUGCAUUUCAAAAUAGUGGUGUGAGCCCUGGUCUCCCUCCGGAAUGGGACUUCAUAAAUCCAGGACCGAGUCAACGAGAUGCGCCAAGUCAACCUGCACCAGCGAGCAGUCAUAGUUCAACCAGUGUUUCCCUCCCGCCAAUGUCGAAAGCACUAUAUUCCCCUCAACAUCGUUCUUUAGAUGGCCGUGAGGUCUCGUCCCUGAUCUACGUGCCACCCGCUAUGGGUCAACAAUACCUCGACCAGUUCCGCACUCGGAACUUGACAUAUCUUCCCUUUGUCUAUAUCCCUGCUAAUAUGACAUCUGAUCAACUACGACAUAAAUAUCCAUUCUUCUGGGCAUGCAUUAUGGAAGUGGUCACUUUUAGAGACCAAAACAAAGGAGACUCUUUCGGAAGAAUUACCAACCAUAUUCACCAAAGGGUCAUGGUCGACAUUGCGCCAAGCAUGGAUCUUCUCCUCGGAGUAAUGACUUUUGUAUCAUGGGUCUCACAAGCGAACAAGCGAUUCAUCAACAUCUACGCACAUGUAUUAAUGGCAGUUGUCGCUGAGCUUGGAAUUAAUCAAAGUGCCCCAGAUGGGAACUCGGCUUUGCAUUCAUUCAGAAUUGCCACUGGACUAAAACAAAGUCUGCCUACACCCAGAACACUGGAGGAAAUAAGGGCUGUGUUGGGGUGCUUUUUGAUCUCAUCAAGGUACUUUCCCAGAUAA